AGAGUCAUCCACUGGUGUUUAUUUUUAGAAGCUCUCAGCUGCUGCGUGCUGCGUUCAACACACAGUCUGUGUUCCUCCGGUCAAUAAUUCAUAAUUUGUAGGCCUGCACACAGGAGACAGAGAGCAGACUGCAACCACUCUGAACCUCAGGACAUCUAAAAAGCGCACCGCUGGAUGAGUAAACCCCCCGAAACUGUGAGGCAGUAGAAUACACAGCAACACUGCAACCAACAAGCCACAUCUAUGAGGUGAGGAAGCUCCCGCAGAGAGCCCAGACACGGGACUCGAUGAUGACAGAGUACCAGGAGAGGUUCCGUCCCCCAUGUUACCACAUGGCUGUGGUCACAACCUCAAUCCAGAAAAAUCCAUACCAUCCACUCAAGGGGACAAAUACCGCUGUAACUGGUUUAAGAUCCUACUAUGUGAAGAAGAUGUGGGUGAAAAACCCACCACAGCCCCCACAGCCACCUGCGUCACCCAAAAGCCACCGGAGAUGCAAGAGCGCUCCACACAAUCCUGUGUCCUUUGUAGCAAAGGUGGACGACUACAAGUCAGUGUACCAAAACGAUUUCCCCGCAUGGAACGUAAACAAGCGCCAGCCGUACAAGAUGCAUGACAGCUUGAAACCCAACCAAGGAUUAAUUGUCCCUGAUAGUGACUCCAAGAAAGGUCAUUUUAAUGGUUCAGCCAACUCUACAGUGGUCCCGCAAGUGAAAGAACCAGAACCAAUUGAAAGCAUAACAAGCUACCGAAGUGCUUAUGUGAGCCAUCCAGUGCAGCCCAGGUUUCACAGGGAGAAGCCCAACAAAGGUCUGACCAUCGAGCCUGCAGUGUCCAUGAGGCCAAAGGGGACUCUGGAUGUAAACAAGCAGAUGUAUGGCACAAGCGAGGAAUUCUUUGAACAAUUUAAGACCAUGUCUCUGGAAAAUACAUUUUACACGGCACACGAAUGCCCGCGCACCAAACCGGUCCUGCCGUCUAUGCAAAGGAGUGAGAAAAGCAAGAAGCCCUUUCAGGCGACGACUACAACAAAGGAGGAUUACAAAGCUUGGUACAAGUUUCCAUGUUCCCCCUCUGUCCAUGAGGAAGAGCUGGACUGGCACAAGAAAACGCUGUCAGUGUACACGCCUAAUCUUGGUAAGAGCUCCAGAUCAAGCCAAAAGACUGUUAGCCUUCCUUCUACACCGACUCCAGUCUGCAAUUCCUCAGAGAACCCUCAAUGUCCUGCUGAGAAUCGAGUAUUUUAUGGCUAUGAAUGCAUCUCCAACGGCGCUGAGGAGUCCAGAAGGUGGACCACCUCUGUGGACAGGGGAGGGCCUUGGGCUGAUGGAGUCAUUUGUGAUGAACCGUCACAGAAUCAUAAGCUGCAUGGUUUCUAGCAGGAGCUAAAGUUUCCCCCACACCAGGACACGCAUUACCUCAGGUCGUUUGUACAUCACUAAUGUAAUGUGAGGGUUUGUUGGUGGUGACCGGACUACUUAUAAUAAAAAGCAACAGUCAUUACUUGUA